AUGGGACCGUCGAGCGGAGGCUCGUCGCCUGGACCUCCUCCGGGGCUGAGCGUCAGUCCGAACCCCAGUGGUGGAGUCUCGCCGGGUCAACAACAUCAACAGCAGCAACAACAGCACCAGCACCACCAGCAGCAGCAGCAGAACCAAGGGCAGACGUCAGGACAGGGGUCGACCUUCGGAUCCCCGGUCCAUGGGUUCGUUCAACCGCAACUCUACCCCCAACCUUCUCUAGGACCGCCUUCAGCACAGACAUCGCAUCAUCAACAAUACCAACACCCACCUGGCGGCACCAUCAACAUCACCGGCAACAACUCGUCCGGCAGCGUGAGCACCAUCGUCAAAGCACAGAUCGUCUUCCUUCUCAGCACCCUCACUGAAGACGCUUGGGAACGCAACGUCAGCGAGAUUAGGACGUUGAUCUCCCAGAACGCGCCCGAGAUGUACCAUCAUUUCCUGAGGAGGUUGAUCGUCAACGCCGCGCCUGUGCUUCAGGGUUUGCAAUCGCAAGCAGCGGGGAUGCAACAACAACAGCAGCAGCAAGGUUUGGUAGCGGGAGAUAGGCCAUUGGGAGGCAGUUUGAGCGUACCACAGAACGGACCGGGGGUAUUGGCUUGGAGGGUCUUGGUCAGCGAGGGAGUCAGGGCGAGCAGGGAUUCGAAUUUGGCACCCCAUUUUGCAGCGACCUUGCUCGUCCCCGUCGCACCUUCGACUCAACCCGCCAUCAACCUCAACUUGCUCCAACUCGACCCCAUGCAAUUGUUCUCCUUUGCGUGCAACGUCCUCGCCUCGCCGGCAUUGAUGCCUUCGGCUGCCAUGCACGAUCGGGCCUGCGGGAUCGUCCGCACGUACUUUGAGAACGUCGUCAACAACCUCCGUCAACCGGGUUCGAGCUUGUUCGGAGCUGGAACGGACGACUUGUCUCCCCCGGAAGCGAGGAUCUUUAUCCUAGCCGUCUAUCCUCGGAUCCCAGAGGAAGGCGGACCCAACAUUGUCGACCCGACUCAGGCUCAGUUGAACGCCUUGCCGCAGCUUCCAUUGGAUUCGAGACAGAGGGAGAGAUUCCUCCAGGCGCUCGUUGUCAAGUUUUCUUCUCCAGUCGUCAUCAUCCAAGCCCUCGCAUCGAUCUCCCCUGGAGCACCGCCCAGUCACGCCCGAGCCAUUCCUCUUGCGGAUGUGCUCUUCGAAGUAGGCGACGCGUGGACGAGCGACGCCGGGAUAGUCUGGAGCAUCGUAUGCAGGUGGUGGGCUGCGAUCAUCAACAACAGGGAAGAAGGGUCGAGAGAGAUCGAGACGGCGUUGACGGAGACAUUCACCGGGUUGAUCAGGGGCAUCGAGGAAGGGAGGUCGGUCGACGUUCAGGGAGUCGUUAGGGGUCUGGCAAUGAUCCCCAAUGUUGAUUGGGCCGAUGUCGUCAAAGAAUUCGAUCAGCCUAACACGGUCUUGACGAAACCCGCCGCUCAAGAGUUCUUGUUUGGCCUGCUCACCCUUACGCCUACGGGACCGCGGUCCGCUAUGCAAGGCUUGUUCUCGUCGGAGUCUCGUUGGACCCACACCCUCUCGCUGUUGCACGUGCUCAACAACCUGUUGACCGUCUCUUCCGACCGAUUCCCCAUCUCGUCCAUCGCGUCGGCCACCCGCUUGGUCGUUGAGGAGGAUUUCGGUGACCUCUCGUCUCCGGUCCAAGCGUUGGCUCAGGGUGUGCUCGGGUCUACCUGGAACAUCAAAGAGUUGACGGAUAUCCUCGCCGAAGUGUCAAAGCGGCUGCAAUCGCAAGACGUUCAGGACAAGGAACUUGUGGAGACGGCGUGGGAGAUGGUCCUGGAGAAGGGAAUGAAGAGCGCUUCCGACUUGGUCGUUAUCGGGUUCAGUAUGGUGGAGCGACCUUGGUCAGAGGCGCAUUCUAGCAUCGUGGCUAGCCUGCUUGCCAUGUUCAUCAAGGGUCAACCGACCUCGCAGUUGGUCAUGUCCGUCUUGGGCCGGAUCCAGCCCGAUAUGAUUGUCGACGCCUUGCACAAAAAUUACGAAGAGAACGAGCUCAAUGUCAACAGAGUCGUUGAGUGCGGUCAGGACGCCCAGGUCCUGGACAAGCUACUCUCGUCGCCUUCGUUGCCAUUGGCUCUGGACGUCGCUGCCGUGGCCAGCAAGCGUGACCUUGUGGAUCUCGAGAGCUGGGUCAUCGACGGGAUCGAAAAGCAUGGUGCCGACUUUGUUCACGCCGCAUUGGACUUCCUCGAUCGCAAGGUCAAUGCCGAAUCGAGCGGUCCCGAAACGCAGGCCGAUACGGUUCCCCUCACUCCCCCUGUCUAUGCCACCUUUUUCCGGGCCCUCCGCAAUUCCGACAUCUUGAACGCCGACGAUAUCGGUCACUUCAAGGAGAUCCGGAACAUGUGUCUCCAGAUCCACCCUCGACUCAUGAACCUCAACCCCGAGGCCAACACCGAACCUGGUCUUGCCGUCGUAGCGUUCCCGCCGGAAGUGGACGCUCAGGUCGACGACUUUUACCAGCGAAUGUACGCCGAGGAGAUCUCGCUGGAUCACGUCAUCGAAGUCUUCCAACGGCUCAAGAAAUCGGAUUCUCGCCAGGAUCGUCAGCUCUUUGCGUGUAUGCUGCACACGCUCUUCGACGAGUACAAGUUUGUGCAGACGUACCCGCCCCGUGAGCUCGCUAUGACCGGACUACUGUUCGGGUCCAUUAUCCAGUACCAUCUGGUCGAGAGCACGCCGUUGCACGUCGCUGUACGCUACGUACUCGACGCCUUGCAAAGCCCUCCGGAUUCGACCAUGUUCUCCUUUGGCAAGAACGCGCUCAACAUAUUCCAGUCGCGCUUGCCCGAGUUCCCUUUGAUGUGCCGGGCUCUUCUGGAGAUUCCUCAUCUUCACGAGAGCAACGCAGUCUUGAUGUCGAUCAUCAGGACUGCUUUGACCGAACGCGGCAUGGAUGGCGAUGAAGGCGGUUCCCGACCUGGAUCGCCCGACAGGGUCGUCUUCCCGGGCUUGCAAGUCGUGGAUUUGGACCAGGAGGAACCGGACAACGAACUGAUUUUGCCCGAAGAGAGGACAUCGGAUCAAAUUCUGUUCAUCGUCAACAACUUGGCGCCGACCAACUUUGACGAAAAGGCCAACGAUCUGAAGCGCUUGAUCGUUGCGCGUUACUCGAGGUGGUUUGCCGAAUACCUUGUCAACGCUCGUAUUAGCGUCGAGCCCAACAAUCACGGACUUUACAUGCAGCUGAUUGAGACUUUGUCUCUUGCCAUUCUUGAAAAACACGUCCUCUGGGAGACGUACCGCAAAUCGGCUCAGCUGCUGAAUUCGGAAAAGACGCUUGACAACUCGCAGGACAAGGUUGUUCUGAAGAACAUUGCCUCUUGGCUAGGAAAGCUCACCGUCGCACGAGACCUGCCGGUCAAGCACCGCCAAUUGUCACUCAAGGACGUGCUGGUCCAAGGCUAUGACGAGAAGCGUCUUCAGGUCGCCAUUCCAUUCGUCUGCAAGAUCAUGGAGCAGUGCGCCAAGUCCAAGGUGUUUCAUCCGCCCAACCCGUGGUUGAUGGCCGUGAUGGGCUUGUUAACCGAGCUGUACCAAUUCGCCGAGCUGAAACUCAACUUGAAGUUUGAGAUCGAGGUUCUCUGCAAGACGCUCGAGGUGGAUCUGGCUUCGAUUCAACCCAGCGACAUUCUUCGCAAACGGACGCCACCUAUCCCGCCCACCCAACCUGCACGACUCGCCCAGGAGCUCGACAGGAUUACCAUGCCCGCAGCUGGCGGGUACAUGGGCGCUGGAGGUGUUCCGUCGCAAGCCGGUCCCGGUGAAGCCGCUCAGCAAGCCGUUCAAGACGCAUUCCUUCGCAGGAUUGACCAACUCAUUGCUCAGCUUCCUAGCCAGCUCCUGUUCAACCCGGCUUAUCCCAUGUUCCAGUCCACAACCGCACUCAAGAGGAUUGUUCACCUAUCAAUUGACAGGGCUCUUCGAGAGAUCAUCAACCCGGUCGUCGAGCGCUCCGUCACGAUUGCCGGUAUCUCCUCUCGAGACCUCUUGAUGAAGGACUUUGGUAUGGAGAGCGACGAUGCCAAGCUGCGCCAGGCUGCGCAUCUCAUGGUUUCCAAGCUCGCCGGAAGUCUCGCCUUGGUAACCUGCAAAGAGCCCUUGAGAACUAGCAUGUUGAAUAACAUCCGCACCAUGAUGUUACAAAGCGGGUUUACCGAGGACACCUUGCCUGAACAAGCCAUCAUCGGGACUGUCCAAGAUAACCUCGACGUUGCCUGUAACAUCAUCAAGACUGCCGCACAGGAAAAGGCUGUCAAGGACAUUGAUGUCAACCUCACGCCUGCUUAUGCGACGCGGAGGAAACAUCGAGAGGCUGGGCAAAUCUUCAUGGACCCGUCCUCUUUCAGCAACAUCGUGUCGAGGUCUGCUCUGCCGGACACCCUGCGUCUCGUCCCUCACGGCCUCCAAAACAUUCAGCUGCGGGUCUACGAGGACUUUGGCGAUCAGUCUCGAUUCGCCGCGUCUGUCAGUCACCAUGAAGCUGAAUACGGUCAAUCCGCGGAAGUGUCCGGUAUGCAAUCCACCUCGGCCGCAGAGACCUUGCGAAACGGUACCAGGGGCAGCGAUUCGCCAUCGAUCCCCCUCGGCGAAGUCGUCGAAUCUUCCAUCAUGACGACCAAGCUCACUGUCGCUCAGAGCUUGGAAAAGUUCCAGGAGCUCGUCAUGGAAUUGGACAAGCUGUUGUCUCGAGCCGAUGUCGAUUCGCUUGCUCAGCUCCCGCUUCACCACGACGUCAAGAUGAUCAUCAGGCAGAUUCCCGUCAUCGCAACACAGUCUGCGUAUACCGACCAGACCGCUUUGGCGUUCUCACAAAAGAUCGUUCAACUGCUUUACAAGAGCGCUUCCAACUUGGGACGAGAGGUCUGGGUUAGCAUUCUGCAGCGACUGUGCGAUCUCUUUACGAAAGUUGCCAAGGAGGUCAUGCAGUGGCUGAUCUACGCAGAGGACAUCCGCAAAUUCAAUGUCCCUGUCACCGUCACUCUUAUUCGAGCCGGUCUUAUCGUGGUUCCCGAGUUUGAUGCUCAGCUGUCCAAGAUGAUCUACCGGGAGUUCUCCCAGUCUGUCGUCGACUUUGCUGCUCAACUCAUCUCGGAAGCGGUGGUCGGAUCCGCGCCAUGCGCUUCUCGAAGUCAAUUCAGUUCCUCUAUUGAAGCCUUGGGCAGGGCCGCAGCCAACCGUCGGGGCACCCCUUCGGUCGAACAUUUGCUCGAGGACCUGCAAAACAAGGCUCAAUAUUCUGCCGAACCCUCCGAGAGUAGCGACCGCGGCGAUGGGUCUCCCAAGGUCAUCCGCACUCAAGGUCCGCCUGGCAGCCAGAGCAUCGACCCUGAUCUCCGAGCUACUUUGAGCAUCUACUUCCUCGAAUGGGUUCGCUUGUUCACAUCGCCUUUGCCGGUCGAGACCACCUUUGUGCCUUUCGUCAACCGUCUUCAAAAGCAAGGAAUCCUCAAGGGCGAGGAAAUAUCCUCUGCCUUCUACCGCAACAGCAUCGCCUUGGCCAUCGACAUGUACAGCAAGCACAAGGCCAGCGGAUCGCCCCAGAUGUUCCAUGGAGUUGACGCUCUGUCUAGGUUGAUCGCACUCCUGCUCAAGAACUACUCGGACACUCAUGGAGUAUCAAGCGAUUCGGCCAAGACGCUCUACUUCGCCAAGAUCAUUACCAUCGCCGCUCUUUCCCUUGUACGCGACCACGAGGAGUUGGGCGCAAACUUCGAGCAAAGGCCAUAUUUCAGGUUCUUCUCCAGUUUGUUGUGCGACUUGCAGAUCAUCCAGUCCUCGUUCCCCGAGGCGUACUAUGGAUGUCUGCAAACCUUUGCGAACCAUUUGGGAAGUAUCCAACCUACGAUUGCUCCGGCAUUCUCGUACAGCUGGAUCAGCCUCAUCUCGCAUCGACACUUCAUGCCCCGUCUCCUCCAGGGCAACAACAAAGAGGGCUGGACCGAUUUCUACCGGGUCCUGAUGGCGCUUUUCAAGUUCCUUAACCCCUUCCUCGAAGCGGCCAGCUUCCAUCAGGCAUCUCGCAUCCUCUUCAAGGGUGCCUUGCGAAUCCUCUUGGUCAUUCUCAAAGACUUCCCCGAAUUCCUGGUCGAGCACUAUAUCGGGCUCUGCGCCGCCAUCCCCGCUCAUUGCAUCCAGCUUCGUAACGUCGUCCUCUGUGCUUUCCCCCGCGGAGUCACGUUGCGUCUCGAUGUCAACAGCUUAUCAGAGGUCCCACCUCUGCCCGAGUUCAAUCAGGUCCCUGACAUUCGCACCGACUAUGUGCGCUUCCUCGAGGAUGCUCAGAUUCGACAGGCCGUCGACCGGUACAUUGCCGACGAGACUCCUAAUCCGGCAGCUCUCGUUCCCGAGCUCAGGAACCGCAUCGCCAUCUCCGUCGCCGAGUCCGACGGGUCGCCAGGCGUCAAGUACAACUUGACCCUAUUGUACUCGCUCAGCUUGUACUUGGGUUCGUCCGCCGUGAAUCGCUCGAUCGAGAGGAACGGACGAGUCACCUUUGAUCCUCAAGGACCCGAGGUUGGGUUGUUGACCAGCCUGAUUGCUAGCCUAGAUGGCGAAGGUCAACAUCACUUUAUCAAUUCGAUUGUCAACCAACUCCGAUACCCCAAUGCCCAUACCCUCUUCUUCAUGCUCUACAUUCUCCACCUAUUCUCCACUGCUCCGAAGAACGGCGACGUGCCCGAACGUAUCACCCGGGUCUUGCUCGAGAGGGUGUUGGCUCAGCGCCCUCACCCUUGGGGUCUGACCAUGGCAUUCGGCGAGCUGUUGCACAACGAAAAGCUCGGAUUCUGGGAGUUCCCUUGGGUCCGCGCCGAACCCGAAUUGUUGGCCAUCUUCCAAAGGUGCUAUGGUUCGGGUCAUCUUUGA